CUGUGAUUUCUAUUAGUGACAAAAAAUCACGGAGACUUCUACUUGUUGCCUCUGUUCAUGAUCAAGUCAAAUGCUAAAUGCCAUUUAGGGAUUAGUGAAAAUAAAGGCAUAACUUUUGUCCAUCCUUAGAUCCUGGGCCUCUCAGAAUUCUAUCCUCAGCUUCCUUAGGGUCUGUGAACUCUUGUUUGAAGCAAAGGUUUUGAUUCUUUAGGGUAGACAAACAAGAAAAUCACCACGAGUUGAGAGAACAAAGAGUAAACAGCAGUGACCUCAAUGGGCUGGGUUAAGCAGAGGAAGCUUUCAAGACAGGUGAAUUUUGGCACAGAGUGUUGGAAAGGUGACCUUAUUCUGGAAGGGAGCAAGGAGCUGGGGUUGAGGGAACAUGGGGACGGUCUGCUCUUGUGACUGAAUCAAAACCAGCCAGUGACUAACAUCACAGCCACAGCCUCACCCCAGAGCAUCCCUGUGUCUCCUUUGUGUGUCUUCUGUUACCGAGAACACCAAGACAUUGUCCCCUCAAGACAGGGCACCUGCCCUCAAGCUUACACAACAAAGAGACAGAACAAACAGAAAAGUUAAUAACAAGACAUAAAUUAAAUUGCAAUGCAAAAAAUGCAGUCGGAAGAAUCUGGAACAUGCCACACAUCUGGUUAAGUGCACACAGUGCAAGCCACAGGCGUUCAAAGGUGGGAAUCACCUCCCCCCCCCUGAGGUUUGUGGUGAAGAUCAAACUGGGAAGUGGACGAGAGGCCCCCAGCUUCUGCAGGCCACUUACAGCAUGUGUUUUGGGAUGGAUUGCUGCUCCUCUGGUCCCAGCAACCUCUGUAAAAUGUGGAUAAUAACUAUGGCACCUCACAUAGACUUAGCACUCAAUAAUGGGAACUAUUAUUAGCACUGAAAAAAUAACGGCAGAUCUUUGCAAACUGGUUUAGGAGACACCAGGAGACUGGAGAACUUCGUCCUUAGGGUGGUAGAUCUGAAAACAGAUUUGAAUGAACGAAUGAAUGUGUCCUCGGGUUGGCUCCGCCCACUAGACCGGUUCUGCGCUCAAGCUGCCUCCUGGGCGGUUCAGUGAAAAGGACCCCCCAGCUCUGGGGUCAGCUGCAUCUCAGCAUAUGACUGUGCAGUGGUGAGGAGGCGGUCAUUCAGGGCCAGGAAGCGGCAGCAGCCUUAGAUGAGCUUGCGGGUGUCACAUUCCGGGAGGGUCUUCGCUGGGUCUCCCCUCCUUCCCACCAUCCGCGCAGCACAUCUUUGGCCCCGGGGACUGGCGGGCUUGGCAAUGUCCCGGCAGAUCUCCCGACAACAAAGCCGGUAGUUAGAAGCGGGGGCAAACGGUUGAGAAGCCCUCCUGGGUCCACUGCGUGGGGGACGUGCCAGCGGAAGCGCGGCCUUAUCUUGGGAAGGUCGACCUAGGCCGCCCCAGGCUGGAAUGGGGGUGGGGUGGGGAUGCAACUUCAGAUGCUCUGAUACCCCAGCCUUUCCAGGGCGAGACGGAAUUGGGGGCCUGGGGAGGUGGGGUGUGAUGGGAGAGAAGUGGAGCCUCCAUGGUAGAGGACGUGGGGGAUGGGGCGCCCUAUAGGAAAAGAUCGCUGCCGAGAUUGCCGGUCCCUUUAAGAGGCCGGGCUGGCUCUGCGGCGAUUCCACGUAACCCAGAGCCUGGUGCAGCUCUGCGGUCCGUGUCCCUGGGCAAAGAUUCCGAGCCGGGCCGGGCAGCCGGACCCGGUGCAGGGUCGGGGAGUGGUCCAGCCCAGAGCUGGGUGGAGUCAGAGCUGCAGACAGCAGAUCCACGAGAAAGCCGCGGAGUAGGAGGAGCCACAGAGCCGUGGGCGGGGCCCGGCGCUGCGGGCCUCGGGGGCGGAGCCUCGAGUUCGGGGAGUUCUGCAGUGGAAGGCGGGGUGGGCGGGGCUAUGUUGGGGGCGGGGCCUGUGUCUGCAGUGGGCGGGGCCCGCUGCAGAGGGGCAGUGCCGGCGGAGAGUCCUCUGCGAGCGGCUGCCGCGGCGCCUCCACAGCGUCUCUGACAGCCCCGGCGCCGCUACCCGCGACCCUCGCUACCUCGCGCUAGCCGCCGCGGCCUCCACCUCGACUCGAGUACCGUUGCUCGCCUCGGCGCCCAUAUCCGGGGGCGGUCCGGCUCGCCGUUGCUGCGGAGGCCGCAUCUGGAGCUCAUCUGGAACCGUCCGGCCGGCCACGCUGGAGCCCGCGCCCGCCUUGGCCCGGCCGCGCCGGGAUCCCUGCCCGGAGCUGGAGCCGCACCUGGAGCCGCGGGCCCGGGGCCCUGAGCCGCGCAGCCGGCGCAUGGUGAACUCGCUGCUGUUCGGGGAGAUGGCCUUGGCCUUCGGCUGCCCGCCGGGCGGCGGCGGCGGCAGCUGCCCUGGUGGGGGAGGCGGCGGAGGGGCCGGGCCAGGGCCAUCGCCAGUGACGGCGGCGCUGCGGGACGACCUGGGUUCCAAUAUCCACCUCCUGAAGGGGCUCAACGUGCGCUUCCGCUGCUUCCUGGCCAAGGUGCACGAGCUGGAACGGCGCAACCGGCUGCUGGAGAAGCAAUUGGAGCAGCAGCAGAGCGAGCGCGAGCGGCGGCUGCGCUACAAGACAUUCUCCCGGGAGCAGGCCGUGCAGACCGGGCCCGAGCUGCUGCGGCCACCCGCGCCGGGCGGCGGGUAUGGCAGCGGCGCGGCUGCAGGCGUCAAUGCCAACGCCGUGGCGCUGGGCGGCCUGCCCCCCGGCGGCGGCUCACAUCCGCAGCACUACGGCCGCCUGCCUGGUACCAUCUGGAGCUACACGCAGGUGCGGCGCACGGGCGGCGGCGGUGUGGAGACCGUGCAGGGCCCCGGUGUGUCGUGGGUGCACCCCGACGGUGUGGGCGUGCAGAUCGAUACCAUCACGCCGGAGAUCCGCGCGCUGUACAACGUGUUGGCCAAGGUGAAGCGCGAGCGCGAUGAGUACAAGCGAAGAUGGGAGGAGGAGCUUGCUAAGCGCAUGAAUCUCCAGACCAUGGUGGACACACUGCAGGAGGCAGCACAGGAGGCCGAAGCCAUCCAGGAGGAGAUGAAUGAGAAGAUUGAGCGUCUCAAGGCCGAGCUGGUGGUGUUUAAGGGGCUCAUGAGUGACGUGGUCCCCAAAAAGAAAGAGCGUAAGGUGGCUUCAGACGAUGACAUCUCCGAGCAGGACGGGGAGGUGAACCGGUUCUCGGACGACGAGGUCGGCUCCAUGAACAUCACGGACGAGAUGAAACGCAUGUUUAACCAGCUGCGAGAGACCUUUGACUUUGACGAUGACUGUGAUAGCCUCACAUGGGAAGAGAAUGAAGACACGCUGCUGCUCUGGGAAGACUUCACCAACUGCAAUCCGACCAUCGACCUGCAGGGCGAGCAAGAGGAAAACCUGGGCAACUUGAUCCACGAGACGGAGUCCUUCUUCAAGACAAGAGACAAGGAGUACCAGGAAACGAUAGGCCAGAUCGAGCUGGAGCUGGCCACGGCCAAGAGCGACAUGAACCGACACUUGCAUGAGUACAUGGAGAUGUGCAGCAUGAAGCGGGGCCUGGACGUGCAGAUGGAGACCUGCCGCCGGCUCAUCAAAGGCUCCGCAGACAGGAAUUCACCGUCCCCCAGCUCCGUGGCCAGCAGUGACUCAGGAAGUACAGACGAGAUCCAGGACGAGUUUGAGCGGGAGGCGGAUGUGGAGCCCAUGGUCAGCUGAUGACUGAGGCCCCCCCAGCCCGUGCCUGGUGGUCUUGGUGAUGGGCCCUCUGCCACCCUCUCCCCACGGGGCCGGGAAGGCUCCUCGGAGUGGGGUCCAGUCCUCACCACGCAGACUUCCUUUGCCCUCCCUUCUCUGGAGGCCCCGAGGGACCGCUGCUUCCUUCCUCCCUCCCUCCCUUCCGCCCACCAGUGCCCCUCUCCAUCCACCCACCCAAGGAAUGGUGCUGUCAAUUUCUAUUGUUCUCCACGUUACAAAUGCAGACUUCUGUCCGGACGAUGCGGUGUUAACUGUGCCUUUUCCCUUAAGCUGAGCCACUUUGAGCUCCAAAGAAUUAUUCCUAGCAGGUGUUUUUAUACAAAACUCUAAGGUGAGGGCGGGGGCCCCUGGCGUGUUCAAUGCCAUUUUCUACCCUCCCACCUGCUCCUCCGAUUGGCCAUAAACUCUGCCCUCCCUCCUCUGCUGCAAUUGGGCUUGGGAUGGUCAACCUCCCCCCAGGAAGGAGCUUUUUGCCUUUUUGACCUUUCCAGGCCUGGGUGGGGACUUCCCAAGGGUUCGUUACUUUACCAAAAGAGAGAAAAGAAGGAGGGGGGGGAGACAAAUUUUUAUUUUGUGUUUUUGGAUCGAGUGGCAAAAGCAGAGGGACAAGGCACUGUGGGGGAAGGUGGAACCUCACUGUGUUUAAACUACUAUGCAAAAAACAAAACAAAAAAAGCAGCUUGCCUUAUACUGUUGUGGAAGGUAGGCCCUCUCCCAGGUCCCUGCUUCCCCUGGAGCUGGGAGGGAGGCCGAAGCUAGAGUGAUGUCUCUCGAAAACUCUGAGGGUGAGCACUGACUUGGGAGGGCUUUGGGUUGAGGUUGGUAGUGAGGCCUGGGUCCUGCGAGGCCCCCAGCCACCCGGCCGCUUGCUUUCCUGGAACUUCUGUGGGUUGUGGGGGGAGGUGUCUUUUAUUGUCCUGAUGAUGAUUUUUUUUUUUUUUCUCAGCCAACAAUAAGAGGUUAUAGAUCUGUCAUUUCUCUGUGAGAAAGUCUGAAGGGGGCCAGGCCUGGCGUCCACCCACCUCCAUCACGGAGCUGGGUCAGUACCGCCUGCCAUCUUGGUUCUCCCCCACUGGGCCCCAGUCGCCCACUGUUUGGCCCUUGGAAGGCACUGGAAGAGGAAAGGGAGAGAGGCAGCAGGACUGCUGGCAGAGAGGAGGUGGGGGAGUCGGAGCUCUGCUCAUGGACAUAUGCUCACCUCUUUCCAUAAUUCUUUGAUUGACCAGCCGGUUGGGGAGUUAAUCUGAGCCAGUGUCUCCCCAGACUUGAGUGGGCCUGAGUCAAAGGCACUGUGUGGAGGCUGCCCCCAAAUCUCAACUUGGAGCCAGCAGAACAGACUUUGCUUUUUGUUUUUAAUUUCUGUUUUGAACCCACUCCUGUGGGUGUGAUUUUUGGUUUUCUUGGCUCAGGCGCUCCCCCUGGAGGUGAAAGGAGCAAAAUGUGCCCAAGGAACAGAACCCCUGGCUCUUCGCAGCUUGUGUCUGCAGGCAGAGGAGGGGCUCCGGCCUUGAGUAGAUGAGGCCCCGUCUUUCCUCCCCAGGGUACCAGUGACCUGUAAGGGCGUCCUCUCUCUUCUGUUUUCCCCACCUGUUUUUCAGUCUUAAAACUAAUGUACAUUAUGUUCGUAAUAUAUGCAUAUAUAUAUAUAUAAAUAUGGAGAGAGAGGAGAGUGUUAGUGAUUGUGUGUCAUUUUUAUUUAUCAGAACUUGGUGGCCUUUAUUGUGAAUUUUUCCUUUUUUUUUUUUUUUUUUUUGUUGUUGUUGUUGUUGUUGUUGUUGGGGGAAACCUUCUACUGGUUCUCUGUGAAAGUCUGGCUGAAAGCCUUCCGUUCCUAGCAUCUCUUAUUAACCAAACAGUCCCUUGUUAGGUACGUGAAGGGACGAUGGUUUUUUUGGAGGAGAUUCUGCCCCUUCCCCUCCUCCUCAUUAACCCUUACAGGGUUCAAACAUACCUGGUUAUUAUUGUCAUGAUUGUUAUUGUUGGUUUGUUUUUUUUUUUUUUUAAUUUGUAUUUUAACCAAAGGUUACCAGAGCCAGUUGGGCUUGGACCUCAGCUGCUGAAAAGAUUUUCCGUUUCCAGGAGGGCGGGAAACUAACCGCCCCCUGGCCCUCCUCUGACCAGGAUGAGGGAGGUAUCCAAUGCCAGGGGCAGGCAGGCAGAGUGGAAGCCGGCCCUGGGUUGUUUCUCAAGGUGGUGGGAGGGUGACCUGUCUUUAGAGUUAAGACAAUAAGGCAACAAUAUAAGUAUUUGGGGGUAAGGAAGGUUACCAUGGUGACUGGUGUCCAGUAGUAUUAUUUUUGCUUUUCCCCUUGGAUACAUAGGAUGUUUGUCUUUGGGGGCUUAGGGUACUCCGAAUUUGCCUAGGGUGUAUGGAAAUGGCGGGAGCCAGAGACAGAUGCUGGCCAGAAAGAUCCAUCCUGAUGGUUUUCAAUAGCUGUUCUCCUGGGGGAGCAAGGACGUGGGGCAGGCAGAGGGGUGGACAGCAAGAGUGUUGGUGACCUGCCUCCUGGGUACGGUCCUGGGUCUUAACAUGUCUGCCUCCCUCUCCAUCCAAGUUCUUUUUUGAGUUAGUUGCCAGUGGGCCCUGCUUGUUCCCUCGCCAUGAGCCCACAGCUUGCCAAGAAAGACCCCAACGCUCGCUGGGGCAGCACCAGGUCCAGUUGGGACAAACUGGUCCGUCCUUUGUAAAGCUGUAAAUACUUUAUUUCGGUUUUCUAUUUCUCAGCCCAGUGUCAUAUUGACAUUGGUAUUUUAGAAUUGUUCUCAGAUGGGCUCUCCUGUGCUGCCCUCUCUCACUCUCCUAUUUUGGGGGGUUUUAUAAAAAAGAGAGGAUUGGGGAGGGGCAGGGAGUGUAGCUUCUUUUUGGCUCCCUGGCUGUGGAACAUACACACACACACACACACCACACACACACACACACACACACACUACUCUGAGACUCUUAACAGGGAAAAACAUGAUUUGCAAGUAAACACAUUGUGUUUUCUUGUGGUGACACGUCCAGAGGUCUCCGACAGGCCCAGCUGUCUUGGACUUGGCUCUGUUGGUGUAGCUCAGAUGAAACCACUUUGGCUUGGGAUGGGGGAGGGGGUGUGGGGCAGGGGGUAAUAUAAAGUGUAACUUAAGCUAAAUGUAAUCUAUUUAUAAAGCAAGAGACUCUCAUCUAUUUUUAUGAAAGGAAAGGUUUUUUUUAAAUCUAGGGUAGGCAGUUGUGGUAGCCCAGCGUUUUUCUGUGGACAAGGUGCAUGUUGCUGCUGGAUUUAAUAUCAUCAGUUCCCCUCACCCUGUUUCCCCAUCCUCACUGCCUCCUCACCCACACCCAGGAGCGGCUUCAGCAGAGCGGAGUGCCCCCCUCACCCCGUUUCCCUGUCCCUUGAUCCCCCAGCUCCUUGGUCCUUGGAGGCCUAGGGGAUGGGCACUUGUGGGAGUGGGUGGGCAAUGGGGCAUUCAGAAUGGAGACGGGUGGUGGGAGGGGAAAGGGGUGCUGGGUAGGGGACACGCUCUGCUUCAGCCCUGGCCUGCCCAGACCCAUUUCCCAGUCAGCUGCGUUUGGGAGAGGGUUGAGAAGCAGCAGAGUGUGGGUGGCGGUGGCUGUUGGUUCAGGGAGCGCACGGCUUCCUUGGGGCCUGGGCUCCUGUGGGUCCCGGGUGGUCAGGCAGCUGGAGCAGGAGUGGAAAUGCCAUGAGAUGCCCAUGGCCCAGCCCUGGCUGUGCUUCCCCCAGGCCAACGCCUGGGAUAUCAUCCUUGAUAAUGCUCCUCCAGAGCCCUGGAUGAGGAACUAAGGUGUUGGGGGCUUCCUUAUACCCUGUCCCACCUUGGGACACUGAGCUGUGGUUCUAGAAGGGCCUUCAACUAGAGUGGUUAGUCUGGAGGCGGCCAGGGAGGGGUAAAGGCAGAGUCUCUCUGGAAGGGAAUUUUCCACACGUGGAAGAUUUCGGGCUCAGGGUGAGCUGUGUGUUAGUUUUGGGCAAACCCCUCACUGUUCCCCCCACCAGGCUGUCAAAGAAAUGAAGCAAAGGCACGCUCACCCAGACCCCUUCGUGAACAUUUUAGCAUCUACCUGAUUUUUAGUCCCAUCUGGGGAGACUUUCUAUCCCCAUGUCCCAUCCCACCCCACUGUGGCUGUUUGUCUGCCAGCUGGGUCUAGCGUCGAGGGGAAGGGGGGUGUUUAUACUCAUUGAAAGACUACUGAUCCUACCGGAAACCAACCUGUUUACUGUACUGUUGUAAAUAUCAUGCCCUUUAUAUCCUGUAUAUUGGCUUCUUUUAAAUAAAGUGAAAUGUCUUGGAA